AUGGCUGAAUUCACCAACAUUGAUCUUAACAACUCCGAGACUCUUGUCAACACUACCUCUAUUCACAAGGUUGACUCAAAGGAAACUAUUGCCAUGCCUCUCCGCUUUAAAAAGACCCGCAAUAUUCUCAUUUCUGGGACCAUUGCUGUUGGAGGCAUCAUACUUGGCUAUGAUACAGGCUCCAUUUCAGGCAUGCUCAACAUGCCUGCCUACAUUCGUGUCCUUGGCGAUGCUGACCGCUCAGUUUACCCUCCCACUUAUUUCAUUCCUUCCUGGCGCUCUGGCCUCGUUGUUGGCGCAGUUUCCCUCGGUGGCCUCUUUGGCAGCUUUUUGUUUGGAAAGGCUGCAGACCGUUUUGGCCGCCGCCUCACUUUGGCUGGUACUACAGGGCUUCUCUGUAUCUCAACUCUCAGCCAGGGUGCCGGAUACAUGUACUGGCCUGUUGUUUUUAGUGCUCGUUUGUGUACAGGUCUUGCUAUUGGCGGCAUCUCUGCUGUCUGUCCCAUGUACAUUAGUGAAACAGCUGCUUCCCCUAGCCUCCAAACAUUGUUGAUUUCAAGCUUCCAACUCCUCUUGACAAUUGGCAUUCUCAUUGGCCAGGGUGUGGCGUAUGGUGCAAGCAAUCUCCCCAACUGGAGUAUUUGGCAAUUCAUGCUCCCACUUUUGGGAGUUUUAUUAUUUGCCAUGCCUCUUUGCGUUGUUGCCCUUUUGGGAAUCAUUCCAGAGUCUACCAAGUACCUUGUCUCUAAUGGAAAGAUUGCAGAGGCAAAAAAGUCUAUUGCCCAAAUCACUGGUCUUUCUGCAGAUGACAAGUACAUUGCUGAACAGGUUGAUAUCGCUGUUAAUACCCAUAAGGCUACAUUGGGUGAGGGAGAUGCCUCUUGGAAACAAAUUUUUGAUGUUUCUUCUAAAAUGCGUUAUCGCGUCAUUCUUGCUAUUGGUGUUAUGAUGCUCCAGCAGCUUUCCGGAAUCAAUUACUUUUUUUACUAUGGAACUUCUCUUUUCAAGGAGAUUUGUGGUGGAAACGCUUCUGAUGGUUCUGCUGGCCUCAGCCCCUAUGCCACCUCCAUGAUUUUAGGAUCGGUCAACAUUAUUGGCACUAUUUGCUUGCUUCCUCUUGUCUGCAAGUUUCCUCGCCGCAUUGUCUUGUUGACUGGAACAGCCGUUAUGUUGGUUGCUUUCAUUGCUUUCUCUACCCUUGGCCAAUUCUUUUUGCGCAAUUCAACUACCCUGGUAAUCAACCCUGCUGUUGGCUACACCAUGAUUGGACUUGUGUGUAUCUUUAUUGUGGGCUUUGCAGGUACCUGGGCCCCCUGUGCCUUUGUUGUUAUCUCCGAGAUGUUCCCUCUUCAUCAUCUCCGUUCCAUGGCCAUUAGUCUUGCCGUUGCCAGCAAUUGGUUCAUUAAUUCUUGCAUUACAUUCAUGUCUCCCAUUGCUACUCGCUACCUUGGCUAUGCUUUUGGCUAUGUAUUUUCUGGAUUUUUGGUUUUGGCUAUGUUUGUGGUUUACUUUUUUGUCUACGAAACCAAGGGCCUUUUGCCUGGCCAAAUUGAGGAAAUGUUCACUUCUAAUGAAGUGACUCCAAGAAACUCGGAAACUUGGCGCAAGAGAAAAGUUUUUGCUAAUGAAUCAAUGCGCACAGAGGAAAAAGUUUAA